UGUUCCGAGUAAUAUGACGUCAAAAGUUAGAAAUGACGUAACAAAAUGGCGGCGCCCGUAUUUUCACAUGACAGUUUGUAAACAGAAGAAAAUUUCAAGAAAUGGAUACGUUCGAGGAGCUAAAUGAUCUUCUGUCAUGCUUUGGAUUGACAGACCAAACUAACAUUGGCCGUUCUGCAGCAACUUAUGAUACUGAUACUGAUAUUGAUGAGGUGCAAGAUGUUAGCAUUGAAUCCCGUCUUCAAAGAUAUUACACAGCUACCCCCCUUGCAGAGGAAUACGGUAAUGAAUCAGAAACUCAAGUUAAUGAAGACACUAAUGUAAAUAGUGAAGAUCCACAGUGUGAUAUUAACAAUGUGAAAACCAUUUAUGACAGUGGAUGCAAAUGUACAAAAAAACUGCUUCAGUAAUUUUACUUUUUCCCAGAUUGAAUCAAACAUUCUUAAUGUAAGGGAAAUGACAAAAAGUGAAAAGGAAAUGCUAAUUAUGGGCACUCUCAAGAGGAUAAUCUCUGAUGCUAGAUGUAAGGGAAGUCGUAAACGUUCACGAUAUGAAUAUGUGUUUAAGGGUGUAACAGUGUGCCAUGAAACAUUUCUAGUGGUGUUUGAUAUUAAAGACAGACAACUGAGAAACAUUAAACAUCACAUGGAAGAACAUGGUGCUCAGCCACGUGUUCACGGCCACAGCGGUAGACGUGCCCCCAACGCAUUUCCUCCUGAAGUAAUUAAGGACGCAGUGCAAUAUAUACUGAGCUACGCAAACGAAGAGGGACUCCCUCAGCCUGCGGCACCAAGAGGGCGAGAGGACGAGGCCCCAAUUUACUUACCAUCCUCGGACACAAAACAGUCCGUACACAGUGAGUAUGUAAAACGUUGUAUGGAAGCUGAAAAGAGGUAUGUUGGUUUAACAACAUUUAAAGACGUAUGGAAAAAUUGUUUGCCACAUAUAAAAAUAGCCUCUCCAAAGGAAGAUGUGUGCAAAGUAUGCGAGGACUGUAAGCAGGAUAUCAAGCUUGCCAUGAGCGAAAAUGACAAAAUACUUGCAACACAGAAGUACCACAAUCAUGUACUCCAAGCCAGGAAAGAAAGGGAACUAUACGUAGAAUGCGUGGAAAGGUCAACAGCAAUGUUUGUUAACCGGGCACAACAAGACCAGGCUGCGGGAGAUGGAUUUUCGACAGCCGACGUACAUUACACGUUCGACUUCAGUCAGUAUGUCAAGUUGCCUCACCAUGCGCAAGAAAAGGGACCCACAUUCUUCAUUCAACCAAGAAGAGUGCAGGUAUUACAAAUGAAUUAAUUAUACUUUUGCUUUGUUUCUGUAAUGGAAAUAAUGGUAGUAUAUUCAUACAAAAAAAAAAUCAUAAUAUUUUUUCACAAUCAACAUUAUCAAGAUAGUAACAUUAUAUCCUUUCAAAUUCGUUCUUAAAUUUCAUAUUUUUAUGCCAUAUUUCGAAGAAGAGUGGCUAUUUUUUGUUACUCAUUGUAAGUCGAUCUGUCUGCCGGUAUGUCGUUAGGUAAAAAAAAAUUGUUUUCCGUCCAAUUUCGAGUGAAUGCUUGGUCUCACUAUGAUCAUACUUCAUAGGAUAAGUUUUUUUCUAGGGUCAUUAGGUCAGUCACCGUGACCUUGAGAAUGAAAACGGUUUCUGUUAAA